AGCUCCAUAGUGGUCAAGUUAGGUUCCGUGCGAGUUGGAACACUAUGUCCAUUUCAGUUUGGAACACCAUUUUGUGUAAUUUACUUGUUUGUUUUUCAAUAUGAUGGGAUAGCUUAUUUUGUUUCAGAAAUCAACAAAAUGGCAGAAGCAUUUCUACUUCAGCAGGGACAAACAAGGGAAAAAUUGAUGGAAGAAGCCAUGCAUAUUCAAAGAAUCAUUCCAGAGAGAAAUAUUGAUGAGAUAUAUUCAUCACUUGAAACUUUCUUUGAUGACCCAAAGAGGGUACAGAGAGUUGUGCUCAAAUUUUUAGACCAUGUAAGGGAAGACAAAGACACUGCUGGUGAGGCCACUGAAGAGUUACCUAAGAGAGCUAGGAAAAGAAACUAUGAUGCUGAUCGUAAUCAACCAUCUACAUCAGGAAUUCCACCAAAAAAGCCUUCUAAAAUUCAUGUUAAGAGUGAUGCAAAUGAAGACAACAAGACUGAGAAUGUUGGUGUGUCAACACAUAGUGAUUCUCGUCCAGCAGAGAGUGACAAAGUUACCAUAGCAGAUGGGCUGGAUGUAGUUUUAGAUCAGUGUAAUUUGGUGAAUAGAAGUGAUUCAGUUAGUGAUGUUAGUUCAGAAAGUGACAAGUUUAAUGAAAUUAAGGAAUAUUUGUGGGAAAAUGAAGGAUUUGCAUUCUCAUCUGAAGAUGAACCUGAACUUUCUGAUCCAGAUGUGAUGGAUCCUAGUUCUGAACCAGUUAAGAAUGUCAAUGCAAGACAGAGGGAUGAAGUAAGUAAUGAACCAUCAACCUCUUUUUGGGAUCCUACAGUUCCAAGACAUACUGGAAAUGGAAAUCAUAAGAACACACUUGACAGGAACCUUCCAGUUGAUUUGACGCUGCCUGGACCAUCUACUGCAAACUAUGAUGAUUUACUUGCUCCUCCUCAACUUGAUGACAGCGAUGUUGUAUGCAUUGACAUUAAUGGGGUGGAUGAUGAAAAGAAACAAGCAUAUUACAAUUCUCUCAUUGAAAUUUUCCCUGAUGCUCAGAAGGAUUUUCUGAGAGCCAUAUGCGAUAAAUGUUCACAAGAUGCCGACUGGUUAAGUAAUACUAUAUCAGGUUUAUUGGAAAAUGGUUACCCAAAAGCUGGAGAUAGCAGUGAACAAGAAGGGGAGCAAGCAGAAAACCAGAAACUUUCUGGAAGAACAGAAGAAGAAAAGAAAAUGAUAAUAGAUGAAAAUUAUACUAAUCUGCUUGCUAUAUUUCCAAAUGCUGAUCCAACUUAUAUAAGAGAGACCUGUGAACAGAUUGCAGAUGAUGAAGACGCAAUGAAAAAAUUUGUUAGUGACACUUUAGAAAGUGGCAAGUAUCCAACAUUAGCAGAGUAUGAGGAACGAAUGAAAGUAAUGGAAAUUAGAGAGAAGUAUCUCAAGAAUUUCAAAAUUGAAGAGUUUCUGGAAAUUUUUCCUGAUCCUUUUAAGUACUUCUUUGAAGAAAAAAAAAAUGAUGAAAAAGAGUCUGAGUUAAGUUUAAAUUACCUAAAAUCCCGUUACAGAAAAAUACGUAUAGUAGUUUUGCAAGAAUAUUUGAUGAAAAAUAAAUACAGCCUCACUAAAGCAUGUGCAGAGUUAGACAAAUGCCGAAAUUUUAUGAAAUCAAAGCGUGGUGAACAUGAAAUACAGUACAAUGAAAAAGACAUGAAGAAUAUUCCAUUUAUGCAGGAGGUAGCCUUUAUUGAAAACAAAGAAAAGAUAAAAAAAUAUCUAAAUGAAAAGGAAUUGAAGAGAGUUAAAUCAUUCAAAAAGGCUAAAGAAAAUAAUGAGUUGCUGGAGUGUGGUUGUUGCUAUGAUGAUGAAGUUCUAGCAGAGGACACUGUCACAUGUAUUGAAGGUCAUAUAUUCUGCAAAACCUGCUUGCAAAAAUACGCUGAAACCCAAAUUGGAGAUGGAAAAACUAUCUUUAGAUGUUUAAGCAAUUGUGAUGCAGAGUUCAGUCUCAAGAUGUUGCAGGGUGUUCUCAGACCUUCAGUUUUUUCAAAAAUGUUACAAAGGAAGCAGAUAGAAGAGGUUAAAUCAGCAGCUAUUCCUGGCUUAGAAGUAUGCCCAUUCUGUGAUUUUGCUUCCAUUCCCCCAGAAGAAGAUAAAAUAUUUCGCUGUCUAAAUCCUGAAUGCAUGAAAGAAUCUUGCAGGAAAUGUAAAGAGCUCAGUCACAUACCUCUGCGAUGUGAAGAAGUUGAGAAGCCUGAAGAAGUGAAGAUAAGAACUUACAUUGAAGACAGGAUGACACAGGCAUUAAUAAGAACAUGUUGGCGAUGUGAAAAAAAAUUUAUCAAGAUUGAUGGUUGCAAUAAGAUGACAUGCACCUGUGGGGCUCUAAUGUGCUACAUUUGCCGCAAACCUGUAAAAGAUUACACACAUUUCAAUGGAGAAGGCGGUACAGAGUACCAUAAGUGUCCACUGUUCAGUAAAAAUGAUGACCUACAUGUCAAGGCUGUGGAAGAAGAAGCAGCAAAGGCUAGAAAUGAGGCUCUAGCUAAGAAUCCCAAUAUACAAUUGAAACAUGAUCCAACACACAUACUUCCAGAACGGACUCAGCCAGAUGUUCCUGAUCGACAUAAUGUUCAUUUUGUGCCGUAUAAUGGAAGAUAUCCAGUUCAUGUGAAUUUACACUUGCCAGCAGGUGCAGCGGAAAUUUUGCCAGCCCGCCGUCACCACAAUGUACACCCUCCGCCAGGUGGUGCAGCAGAGCCGAAUUGGCUGAAUCCAGUAAUUGCUGUAGGUCAGCAACGUUUCAUGGUAGCCCAGGGGCCUCAUAUUGUGGUGGAAGGACCCAGGCACGGUGCCAGGCUAAUAGUUCCCCCUGGAAUCGACAAUGGGCCAGAAGCGCAAGGACAACAGGACAGGCCUGCUGUGAGGCUAAUAGUUCCCCCCAGAUUCGACAACGGGCCAGAAGCACAAGGACAACGGGACAGGCCUGUGGAACGGGUUCAGCUGGCCAGACCGGCAGUGGGACAGGGUCAGCAGGUCGUGUCAGUGGCGCAGGCGGUAGUGGCAGCAAUAUUCCACGAGCAGCACGCCAUGGCGGCAGAAGUGGCGCACGGUAGGCGUGCCAGGGUGGCAGAAGCGGCGCGCGGUAGGCGUGCCAGGAUGGCAGAAGCGGCGCACCGUCAGCAUGCCAGGGCGGCAGAAGCAGCGCACGGUCAGCGUGCCAGGGCGGCAGAAGCGGCGCACGGUCAGCGUGCCAGGGCGGCAGAAGCGGCGCACUGUCAGCGUGCCAGGGUGGCAGAAGCAGCGCACGGUCAGCGUGCCAGGGCGGCAGAAGCGGCGCACGAUCAGCGACCCAUAGGAGCGACACAGCGUCAUCAGGUUAGGCUGGUGGCAUCAGCAGGAGGGGCUCAAGAUCUGCAGGCCAGGCGAGGUGCUCAGGGACAGCAGGUGAGGUUGGCAGCAGCACAGGGACAGCAGGCAAUGCCAGCAGCAGCAGCACAGGGACAGCAGGCAAUGCCAGCAGCAGCAGCACAGGGGCAACAGGCAAUGCCAGCAGCAGCACAGGGGCAACAGGCAAUGCCAGCAGCAGCACAGGGGCAACAGGCAAUGCCAACAGCAACACAGGAGCAGCAGGCAAUGCCGGCGGCAGCACAGGGACAGCAGGCCCGACCUGUGGUGCCGCACCGUCUGGUUAGGCGAGCAGUGGAGGCUCAGAGAGGCAGUCCCGUGGCACACCUGUUGUUAGCAAGAGUUCAGCGGCAGGUGCCACCACCUGCAGAAGGUCAGCCUGCAGCUCAGCUGGAAGUUCCUCUAGUCAACCAUCCUCCACUGGCAGCUGAUGACUUUGUUGCCCAGUGGUUAGCUGCAAUUCCACCCCAGCUGGAAAUACCAGUCGCUCAGGAUCAACAAAGACCGCAGGAACCUUUGCCACAUUAGAGAGGACAAAUUGUCUUCUUAAAAAACUACAUUUUUAGUAUCUGAUAGGUGAAUAAUUUCAGACAAUUUGUGCCAAUUGUGUGUGAAGUUUUCAUCACAUGUUGCUGUUCAGAAUCCUAUUACUUUAUUAUCUGUGUCCCCCUAAAGGUUAUGUGCUGUAAACCUGGAAUAACAUAAUGUUAUUGGAUGAGAGUGUUACUGAAUAAACCAGUGUGUUACUUACCUAGUAUGUUUCCAAUGUGGAACCAGUGCAACCUAUACGGGCUGAAAUGGACCCGAGUCGACUGUAAAAAUAUUGUAUACUGUCAGUAGCAGCUGUUUACACAACCCAUUUAAGCAAAAAAAAUUUAACAUUCUUCUGUGAAUUCUCUCUCUACAUAUACAGCAAAGAAUGUUAAAUUAUGUGCUGUGUGAUUGUGUCUCUCUCUCUCUCUAUCUGUGUGUGUGUGUGUGUGUGUGUGUGUGUGUGUGUGUGUGUUUGUGUGUGUGUGUGUGUGUGUGUGUGUGUGUGUGUGUGUGUGUGUGUGAGCUUAGCUGAAAGAGCUAAACACAUUAAUAUGUUUUUCUGAAAAUGUAUAAAAAUAUUGUAAAUCGGCAGGGGUCUCUCAGUUUCUCAAAUAAAAAGAAAAAAAACUUCGUGUCUCUUUUAAAUAAACAUCCUGUAAAGCUUUUAAUGAGUGACCUCACUGUUACCAAUUCAUAUAUAUGUAUAUCCCUUAUUACUAAGUUGAAAGUUAAAAGAUACUGAGCAAAAGUCUAUAGAAAUCAUAUAGUAUGAUUUUGUAUAUAAUAUUCCAUAAUUUAAUGCUUAUUUGAAAAUGGUUCAUUCUGAAAUUUAAAUUGUCAUUUUAAGAAUGAUUUAGCAGAGUUAACUGGGGAUCCUCUGGUAUAUAUUUUUCAAAUGUAGCACAACAUGUGAAGGUGUCUUGCCAAAGAAAAAAUUGUACAGUGUAUAUUUAAGGAAAAAAUAUGCUUAUAUUGUAUUUUAUGUCCUGUGUAUGUGCGUCUCCCCCCCCCCCCCCCCCCCAAUCAAACUGUUACAGAGAGCAUAGACUGAUAAAAACAGGCUCCAUGGUGUGCAAAAAUAGCCAGCUAGUUAUCACAACAAACGCUUCUUAAGAGUUGAAGACACCUCAAAACAGUACUCCGCAUAUUAUGCUGAAUAAUUUAUGUAACAUUCAUUCUAUCUUUUGGUGUGUUCUCUACUCAUGUGAAGCAAUUUUUAAUAUUCUGAACACUUUACAAUUUGCAGUCUAAAACCGAUACUGAGUAAAAAUGAUUCAGUGGUAAACUGUCAAUCCCGAGCAAGUAGAGGCCAGUUAAAUGAUAGUGUCUUGAUUAGACAGGAAAACACUGAAAUUGACACACUCAGGAGGAACAAGGAAAUAAUGGGAGAUGUUUUUAAGCUUUGUUUCAUAGUGGUAAGAAAAUUUGAGGUGAUGCCAUCACUCUCAAAUUCAGAGGCAGCUGUGCUAACAUAUGAAGCUGGUUGUAUGCAGAUACUUUGUAAUCUACAGAAUGUAUACUGUUUCAGGGUUGUCAUAUACUUACCUUGUUUGUUUACAUCAUGGAAUCAUUUCUAUUUAUGUAACCUCUAUAUUUUCAUUAUAUCAUAAAAAGCAAAGGCUAAUCAAUGGUUCUGACCAUUGUUGCAUGCAUUUGAAUCUGUUAAAUACCUUUUAUGGACUAUCAGUAGAAUCGAGGAUUUGAUAACUUUCUUUAAAAUCAUUGUAAUGACCUCACUGAGGGAUGUUGUUCUGUAAUCUAGUAGUAUGUGACACAACUACUGUGGUGGAACUUUGGCACAAGUAAAAGAAUUUUAAGAAUGAAGGUCUUAUAUUGAUCAGGAGAUUCCGUUGUUGUUGUAGAAGUGAGAUAGUGAUGAGACGUGCAAGCAAAAAACAUGGUGUCAGCAGCUGUGCUUGAAGUGAGUUACUAGGUCGAAGCAAACACAAUUUGUCCUUUGUCUAACAUGGAAUUUGCACAUUAAAUGAUCAAUAAAAGUUUGCUUAGAGAUAAUGGGGAUAAGCUGCAGAGGAAGAUAAAACAUGCGGCAAAUUUUAAUUUACUGACAUUGAUUUAUCUCUAACCUACAGGGAAAAAAAGAAUGCAUUUACUAUGGAAGUCUAAAAACCAGGUCAUGGUUCUCCCUUUCCACUCACAUUCUUUUGCCACAAUCAUCUUGUCCCCUUCCAUCACUCCACUACCACUUAUUUUUGUUCUACCCCAUUACAGUUUCGUAGCAGUUUUUGCUUUCAACUGUCAUUUACACAAGGAGCCUGACAGCUGAUUUUCUGCAUUUGCAGUAUUGUUUAUUUAUAUUCUUAUUCAUUACUCCUAGUACUGUAGCAACAAAAUUACAACUAAGCCGUAGAGUGAGAUCUACAUAAGACAUUAUUUGGCAAUUUACACAUAUGUGUUUUGCAUGCACAGAGUGCAGUGGUACUUCAUCUGUUCCCCUCAUGAGUAUCCCUUCUGCUUUAUCUCUUCAGCACUGUAAAAGUGUGUGUUGUGCUUGUAUUAUUUCAUUUUGUAUAUGUUUAUGAGUUUGGACAUCAAAGUGUGUGAUUUUUAUAUUUCUGCUGUUGUAUUUAUUUAUAAGAGUUUUUAACAUAAUCUUUUAUAAUUUUAUACAUUAUUGUAAAUAAUCAUAUGGUUCCUUUUAAUUAUAUUCCAUAGUGUUAUAUCUCAAAAAUCAAUGUUGAGCAGUUUGAAUGUGAUGACAUUGAAUAUGAAUAUAUUGUUGUGAUUUUAUGACAGUAUUUUACACGAACUGAAAUU